CAGUACCUUUGAAUUCUAUACUGCGCAAACGUCAGUCAACAUAUCAAGAAGUCACUACACCCUAUGGAUUAACAAUGCCUUAUUUACCCUGCAAUGUGAUAGAUUCAUAUUUUUGUUCAGUGUCCAUUGUGGAGAGCCCUGAAUACUGCAGCAUCAUCGGUAUCUGGAGAGGUAUGUGCUACAUUAAAGACGAUACUUGGGCAACUGGGCUGGAUCUAUAAAAAGAAGCAGACCAGUGUGCCAGCUCACCUGCACCUCCUGAAGUAGCAGCAGAAGGUAUUUACCUGUCCGUCAAGGAAAAUGUUUGCACUCCUGGUGUGCGCAUUGGCACUGCAUCAAGUGCAAGCUGCCUGUGUUUUGCAAGGAGACAUCUGUCCAAAAAACACAGUGGUUCAGGCUGAGAUAAUUGAUGUGCACAAUGCCUUAAGGAGAGCGGUUCAGCCUUCUGCUUCUGACAUGCUGAGAAUGAACUAUUCUGAAGAGGUAGCAGUCAGUGCUCAGGCCUGGGUUGACAAAUGUAUUCUGAGUCAUGGAGCACCCAGCACCCGCAUGCUCGAUGGAUAUGAAUUGGGCGAGAAUCUGUUCUAUUCAAAUUCACCUAAAUCAUGGACGGACGUCAUCAACGCCUGGAACAGUGAGGGGUCUUACUUUAUAUAUCCCAAUGGCUCCACCAACGGAAAAGCUGUUGGUCACUACACACAGCUCGUGUGGAAUAGCUCCUACAGAGUUGGCUGUGGAGUGACACUGUGCCCUAACGACGUCUAUUUCUACGGCUGCCAUUAUUACAGAGCAGGAAACUUCAAGGGAUGGAUACCUUACAAGGCCGGACCUCCAUGUGCUUCAUGUCCCAAUGCUUGUGAAGAUAAACUCUGCACCAACCCCUGUUCUUACAUAAACAGAUUCCUCAACUGUCCAAGCUUGGUGAGGGCGUAUGGAUGCGACAAUCACCUUGUGAGUGGCUGGUGUCCUGCUUCAUGCCGGUGCCCUGAUAAGAUCAUACCAAUAUACAAAAGAUAAGCUCCUGAGUCUGCGACUUAAACUCAGACUAUUUACAGUUUUGUUGGUUCUCAGUCUGUGAAGGAAGCUACUGUAACGUUGAUCAAUUUCCUGUAAGCUUUGAUGGUAUUCCCAUGACACACGUGUCAGGAAACAUCUGGUUUAGUAAUGUUUGCCUUUGUUUUGGGGAGUCUUUUUUUUAAAGCAUUCACCUCUAAUCAAAACCUCUUGCUACACUUAAUCAGAGAUUUGAGAACUGCCGCAUGCACGUCAUGUUGGAUUUCACUUAUCCUGCAGGAUAGUGCAGCAUGGCGUGUAUUUAUGGGGACUAUCUCCCACCCAGCAUUAUGAAUUGCAGAAAUGUGUCAGUACAAUCAAUAAAUCAACAUAAGCUCAAUCUCAAGACAGUAUAAAUCAAAAACAUUAAUUCUACACAUGGCGAUGGUGUGCUGUUUUGUUAUGAUUGAUAAGUGUUAAACAUUUCAAUGCUUUAGGUGGGGAGUUUGAUGUAAUUUGGCCCUCCAUGUGACAUGAGAGUGACACAUGUUGGCGUACAAAUACAUUUAUUUUUAUAAGUAACCUUUUCAUUAUUACUGAAAUAAAGAAAGGUUUCACUUUACAUAUAUGGAGUGUAUAAUACUCAACUCUCAGAUGUAUAUUCUACAUUAAAACUUGAAUCAAAAAAUGUUAUAUGUCAUUGUUUUAGUCAAUCUGUAUGGUGAAGUGUGAGCGUUUAUCGGAGAUAGAGAGUGUAUUCUUAUAUGAAGGUGUUCUUUGAGGAGUUUAAUCUAGGGCAGCUGGACUUGGCCAUAGAUCCGUGAAGA